AUGGCCGCGGGCGCCUUCGCCUGGGCCUCCUUCCCGGCCAUGCCCACGCGGCGCGUGUACUGCAGCGCCGCGCACCGCGACGAGCAGCUCUUCGUGCUGGGCGGCUGCGGCGGCAGCGGGCGGCCCUCGGGCGCUGCCGAGGUGCUCGACGUGCCCACGCAGCGCUGGAGCGCGCUGCCGCCGCUGCCCACGCCGCGCGCCGGCGCCGCCGCCCUGGCCCUGGGCAAGCAGGUCCUCGUGGUGGGCGGCGUGGACGCCUCGCAGAGCCCCCUCGCCUCCGUCGAGGUCUACAACGUGGACGAGGGCAAGUGGGAGAAGAAGGCGGCCCUGGCCCAGCCGUCCAUGGGCAUCGCUGCGGUCCAGAGAGGCGGCGCCGUCUACGCGCUGGGCGGCAUGGGGGCGGACACGGCGCCGCAGGCGCUGGUGCGGGUGUACGAGCCGGCCAAGGACCACUGGCAGCCGCUGCCCUCCAUGCCCACCCCCUGCUACGGGGCCUCCGCCUUCCUGCACGGCACCAAGAUCUUCGUCUUGGGGGGCCGCCAGGGCAAGCUGCCCGUCACCGCCUUGGAGGCCUUCGACCUGGAGACGCGGAGCUGGACGCGCUACCCCGGCGUGCCCAGCCGCCGGGCCUUCGCUGCCUGCGCCAUGGCCGACGGCGUCGUCUUCAGCCUGGGGGGCCUGCAGCAGCCCGGCCCCCACAACUUCUACUCGCGGCCCCACUUCGUCAACACCGUGGAGAUGUUCGACCCCGCGCAGGGAGCCUGGAGCAAGCCGAGCCGCGCCGUGCGCAUGAGGGAGAAGAGAGCUGACUUCGUGGCCGGCUGCCUCGGAGGAAGAGUGGUGGCCGUGGGCGGCCUUGGCAACCAGUCGAGCCCGCUGGCCUCGGCCGAAGGCUUCAGCCUGGCGCGGAAGAAGUGGGAGCCGCUGCCGCCCAUGCCCACGGGCCGCUGCUCCAGCUCGAGCUGCGCGGCGCCCGGCCUGCUCUUCGUCAUCGGCGGCGUGGCGCAGGGCCCCAGCGGCGCCGUGGAGGCGCUGUGCCUGCGCGAGGCGCCCUGA